GUUCACCGGCCGCCAGCCAGAAGUAGGAAGAAGCUUGUCGAGGCAAGUCGUACGGUUCUCGGAGGCUGCUGCACGGUCCCGGUCGGUGUGUUUGAAUUGCCUUUGCCGCGGCAGCAUAGGGUCGCGCGCGGUAUCGUUCUCGCAAAGCCAACCACCCUUCAAAAAAAAACCGUUUCCAUCAUCGAUUUCGUUGCACAUUGGUGUGGUGUGUGUUAAAGGCGCGCGUGCGCUGCGAUUUUCUUGCCACUGUUUAGGGACUAACACAGCAAAGGGUGUGCGUGUGAGAGUGCGUUUCUGCUGGAAGUUUAACCAUCGACAGGAAGAGAGAUAUUGGGUGCAUCCUUUCGAGAGUGUGUGGUUUGCACCUGCCUCUGUCGGGAUUUUUCCGUACGCGAUUGUUCCUCUGGCAGGCAGAAUGGAAUUAAAGGCGAGAAAGGUGUACGUUACCGGAUAUGAGCAGCUUGACCGGGUGCCAUAACAAGAGCCGCCCCGAGUACAGUGUGGUGUGAGGUGUUGGCUUUUUCUGCAAAUUUUAUGGGCUUUAAAAAAAACAGUGUUUUAAAGGAGAUUUGUGAGAUAAUUGGUGAAUGAUGUAUCUUGCUGAUUGAUUGUGCAAGAAAAGAAAAUUGAAAGUAACAGAUAGUUUUGGGUAAAAAACACCAAACUGUGAGUUGAAGAAAUUGGUGCAUGAAUAAAACUAGUGAAUUUUUUAAAUUUUCGAAAAAUCAACAAAAUUAUUACAUCUGCAAAGUAAAUAAACAAAACCGUACAGAAGAUCAUAAGAAAGGGAAAAAACAACGUGAAUAUUAAUAUCGACCUUUUUCCCCGUCCAUCGAGCUGUGUUCCCUGUUCAUUAAAAAAGAUCCUUAAAAAUUUGAAGCAAACUCCGGCUCGUUUGAAGUUGUCGUUCUGUAGAACAGCCCGAAAAGUAACUGAAGUGUAAAAAAUUACCUUCUUUCCCCCGAAAGCAUCUUCUAUGCGGCGAUACAACAACAACCAAACAAAUCCUAACCGUAAGCACGCUGUGAUGAAAAUGCCAAUUUUCCAUCAGUCAGGGAAAACGAGCUCCAACUGAGUGGAAGAAAACGUGAAACGUGCUCUAGUGUUUGUGGUUUUGGUGUGGUCCCGGCUUUGUGUAUUUGUGCUCGUGUGUGUGUGUGUGUAUGUUUAUGCUUAAUGUUUGUGGUUGGUGUGUAUAUGAUUUGCAUAUAAAUUGAUCAGUGUGCGGUGUUAUACUCGCUGCUCGUUCAAACCCAUCCACCCAAGGCAGGCCUUGUGUUCUGCCGGAGUGCUUGCGAAAAGGUGAUUUCGGUGUAACGCAAAGUUCCGAUUAUCUUCACGUGUGCUAAAGGUGUGUUUAUUCGUGUGUGUGUUUUCAAAAGCCAGUGUCCCCUUAAAAAAUCCCACAAGUGUCGGUGUCGGUUGUCUGUCGCAGUCCGCCUCGUCGAAGGACCAGCCAGCGGUGAAUGGUGAAGCACCUUCGCAGGUUGCUGCUGCGUGUGCUAGUGCUCCGCGGACUCCGGCAGGGAGUUCGGACCAUCGUCGCCAAGCUAGCCGGUGCGUCGCGUCGCGGCCAACGCCGUCCGUAGGCAUGGAGGAGGAACUGCGCUGUCCGGUGUGCAAGCAGCUUUACGCCAGCCCGGUACUGCUGCCCUGCUAUCACGCGCUCUGUCUCGCCUGUGCGCUGGACAUUCAGACGGCCUCCUCGUCGUCGUCGUCGACGGCCGGCUCGUCUUCCUCCUCCACCGCUUCGUCCUCCUCGUCGGCGGGCCAUCCGCCCUGCCAUCCGGCCAUUGCAGCGGCCCAUCUGCACCAGUCGCACUCGCAGCACUCGUCCGCCGCCAGCACGGGCAGCUCGAGCGCUACCGAGAGCGUCUCGUCCGACCAGGACCAGGCGGACAAGGUGAGCAUCCUGAGCGAGGCGGACUCGGGCGUCAUCUGCUGCACGUCGCGGCCGGGCUCGUACGCCGGCACGCCCAACCUACAGGGGCUGCUGUUUCCGCCGGCCGGUUCGGGCGGGUCAGUGUACUCGCUCGCGUGCCCCGUGUGCCGGAAGCUGGUGUUCUUUGACGAGCUGGGCGCCCGCAAUCUGCCCCUGUACCGGGCGAUGGAGUCGAUAGUGGAUCGGUUCUGCGAGCGGGAGGCACUGCGCUGCCAGAUGUGUGAAACCGAGCCGCCGAAGGUGGCGACCGUCAUCUGCGAGCAGUGCGAAAUCCGGUACUGUGACGCGUGCCGGGAGCUGUGCCAUCCGGCGCGCGGCCCGCUGGCAAAGCACAGCCUGACCAAGCCGAGGGGAGCGUGUCAGCUGCGGGAGUCGAUCUGUGGCGAGCACACGGAACCGCUGACGAUGUACUGCAUGGGGUGCAAGCUGCCCAUCUGCAAUCAGUGCAUCGGGGACAACCGGCAUCAGUCGCACGACCUGCAGUCCAUUACGGCGAUGUGCAAAGCUCAGAAGACUGAACUAUCCCACAACCUACAGCAGCUCUCGGAAAAGGCGCGUUCGACAACGGAAUUCAUCCAAAGACUGAAGGGAAUGAGCGAUAAAGUGACGGAUUCGUGCAUCGAGUUCGAGCGGCUGGUGACGGUACAGUGCGAAGCGCUGAUAGCGGCCAUUAACGCCCGAAGGGACGUCCUGCUCGAUGUAAUACGAAGCGAUAAGGAAGCCAAAAUACGCACGCUAAAGGAUCAACAGGCAAGCUGUACAGGGAAGCUUCAGCAAACUACUGGCCUCAUUCAGUUCUGCAUCGAAGCGCUGAAGGAAACGGAUAGUGCAGCAUUCUUGCAGGUGGGCUCCAUGUUAAUUAACCGCGUCGCCAACACGGACAUGACCUGGCACCAGGAGGUCACGAAUGCGGCCCCACGCGUAUCGCCAAUUAUCGAUCUCACGCUCGACGACUCGUCGGUGAUACGCGCCAUCGAUAAUCUCAACUUCAUUCAGAUGAAGCCCGCCAAGGAGGGCGAGGAACGGCUACCGGCAGUGCCCCUAGCACCCGUCAUCAUCCCGGAGGACUGUUCGGCGGAGAACAACUCGGUAACUGUUGCAUGGCAGGCGCCAAGCCACUCGUUCGUGCAAGGAUACGUGCUGGAGCUGGACGACGGCAAUGGUGGCGAGUUCCGGGAGGUCUACUGCGGCAAGGAAACGAUCUGCACCGUCGACGGGCUACACUUCAACUCGAUGUACAACGCACGUGUUAAAGCCUUCAACAACACUGGCGAGGGUGAAUACUCCGAGCUUAUUGGAUUACAGACGGCAGAAGUUGCCUGGUUCACAUUCGAUUCGGUCCUGAGCGGGGGCCCCUGUUCCGGGCUGAACUUCUCGAGCGAAAACCAAACCGUCUCGGCGGACGGCUGGGAGCAUCGGGUGGCGCUCGGGUCGGUCGGGUUUUCGCGCGGCGUCCACUACUGGGAGUUUACCAUCGACAAGUACACCGCCGACACGGAUCCGGCCUUUGGCGUGGCGCGGCUAGAUGUGGCCCGCGAUAAGAUGCUCGGCAAAGACGACAAGGGUUUUGCGAUGUACAUCGAUCGGCAGCGGUCCUGGUUCCAGCACAACAGCGUGCACGAGCGGCGUGUCGAGGGUGGCAUCUCGACGGGCAGUACGGUCGGCGUGCUGCUUGACCUCGAACGGCACACGCUACACUUCAUCGUGAACGAGAUGCCGCAGGGCUCGGUGGCGUUCCGCGAUCUGUACGGCGUGUUCUAUCCGGCCGUCAGCGUCAAUCGUGGCGUAACGCUGACCCUGCACACCGGCCUGGAUGCGCCGCGGAUGGACUACCACUAGGGAGCGGUACGGGGUUUUGCAGUUGGGUUACACGGAUCGAUAAGAUGAACAUCACAACACACCCACCCCCUCCAUCGGCUUCUGUCGUACGCCCACGGGGCACGGGUAAGAGAUAGCAGACGAUGAUGGUGGCGAGGAGACGCGAUUCCUUUUUUGCAUAUAGCUUGUGGCGUGUAGAAAUUAGAAUAUUAGAGAAUGUAGUUUAAGAAGCUAUUUUUUUUUAUUUACAAAAACUCAGUCACAGACAAAUGAGAAGGUUAGCAUUUAGGAGAAGCAUUUUGGUUUUUGUUUUAUGCGUAUGUAUGUUUCCUUCUGAUUUUAGCACCACUGACCUGAAUCCAUACGUUCCCAUGCGGUGACACAAAUUGUACAACUCGCUCAUAAUCGCUACACAAACAAUCAAAUGUUUGUCGAAAAUGUCGAACCAAAAUGUCCCAACCGCAGCAGCAGAAAGAGAAGAAAGGUAAAGGUAAAAAGGUUAAGCACUGAACCGCAUGGGCAUGUCUCUCCCACAGGCGUGAACUCCGAACCGGACCGAACGCCAUCUAUAUCGCUCGGUUUUCAUCACUGGACACGAUUUUUUCGCGACCUUAGCUCACCUCCGUACCCUUACUGGGGAGGGCAGGAAAUGCUAAUAGAAAUGUACCGAAUUGGUAGCCACAGCCACAUAUCGGCACGGUGGGAGAUGAGCUCUAGCGCAGGAUUUGCAUUUUGCUCGUUUACCAAAUCCCCCUGCCCUGGCCGUGAGGUUGAACAACCCGAAAGGUAAUUUCUCGGGCACGGCUCUAAGCCCAUUCGAGUAAGCCUUCUUUCUCUCUCUCUCUCUCUCUCGUAGCGCACCAAAGAAACCCCAAAUCAGCUCAAUCUUUGAACGUACCGGCCGGGCAGUGAAAGCGGCAAAUUUACGUUACCUUUGCGGGCAGGCACGUGCAGGCGCUAUGGGGCACGUUGCCACGCUGCGCCCAAUUAAUGCACAAACACACAGGAAGAAAAGAAAACAACAAUAAUACACCGCGGACGGAUCGCGGUCGAUUAACAUUGGGUAUGCUAAUGCAAACCAGUGUUUGCACUCGGGUUUGAUACAAGAUAACGCCAACACAUAUUCCCAUUUGCAUUCUGUGCCUGGAGGACCUAUCCGUUGGAGGAGCUAUCCAGCUAGCGUGGCAUUUUAUUUAUUUUAGCCUCAUACAGUUGGAGGCUUUUUGUUUACAA